UUCAGUUUAACGCAGCAACUCAAUCGCGAAGUAGUCCCGAAGUGAUCCCGUUUGAUUUAGAGAAAACAUUAUAUUUCGAAUAAAUUAUGAAGAUAUUAAAUUCAAUUAGAGGAAGAUGGAAGUUCGUUGGAAAGUUUGGUGCGUCGAAACGUUUAAGAAAUUUCUCUAUUAAUAAAAAUAAAAUGAUCGAUUCGUUCCUCGAAAGCAUCAAUACAAAUUAUACGAACAAUAUACGUUUUUAUCAACAUCCAGUAGAGAAAAUCAUCUGGUUAAUUGUUUAUAUAAUAGCGAUAAUCAGUAUGUCAUUUAUAAUAUUUGACAUGACUUUGGAAUAUCAAGAUAGUCCAACAGUAACUACCGUCGAAACCAAUAAAUAUCCGAUACAAGAAAUUAAUUAUCCGGCUAUAUCUAUUUGUAAUAUCAAUAAAAUUAGUUUAUCGUACGCUAUCGAUCUCGCGGAAGAACUCUUGGAGUUUAAAACCACAACGUAUAAUUUUAAUUUGACCGUCGAAGAAUUAACAAGUAUGAUAAUUAUCAUGGGUAAUUUUUAUCAUUUCGAUAUUAAAGAGGACGAAUUGAAACAAGCAUAUUCGUUGCAUACUAUACUUGAACGUGGAUAUAAUGGUUAUAAUGUUGAAAGAAUAAUGAAAAGGUUAUUACCGAGAUGUAGGUCGAUUUUAUGGCAGUGUUCUUGGAACGGUAAGGAUCAAGAUUGUAACGAAAUAUUUUUUCUAAAAAAAACGAGCGACGGCCAUUGUUGUACAUUUAAUUCCGCACGACGCUUUAAUGAUUUCGACGACACAGAUUCUUUUGUAUUUGCAUCUCAAACGGUAGAACGUUCGAAGGAAACUGGUUCAGAAUAUGGAUUAUCUGUUUUAUUAAAUCCUCUUUUGUAUGAUUAUACUUACAAACUUCUUCCGAUAUUGGGUUUCAAGAUAUUGAUAUAUUCAUCUUUUGAUUAUCCUAACACAUUUAAUGGCGGAGUACGAGAGAUCUUUGUUCCUCCGAAAGUAGAAAUGUUCUUGAAUUUGAACGCAUUUAGCUUUUAUUCGAUGCCAGACGUUAUAGACUAUGAUAUCAAUCAAAGGGAUUGCUUAUUUAGCAUGGAACAAGCCAAAAAAUUCGGGGGAUAUUAUUCGUACACGAAUUGUAUAUCCCAUUGUCGUACACUAGAUAUUAUUUCCUUUUGUAAAUGUAUUCCUUUCUUUUAUCUGGUUACUCCAGAUAUGGCUGACGUAAGAAAUUGUAAUCUCAAAGAUUUACUAUGUUUGAAGAAGUAUAGAGAGAGAUGGUUACAUCUGGAACCUAGAUAUGAAAAAUUCAUGGAACCAUUUCAUGAAACAAAACUUCCAGAUGGAUCUUGCUGUAUAACUUGCAAUUGUCUUCCAUCUUGCGAGGACAUCACAUAUACCGUAUCUACCAGUGAUAUUCCAUUAAAUAUUCCGUAUCUAUAUUGGAAUAGGAAAAAAACUCGUAUAAAUAAUCACAGCUUAGUACAUAUUUAUUUUGGAUCAUCUGGUACAACGAGAAUAAGACAAGAUAUGCUUUUGUAUUGGUACGAACUCAUGAGUAAUUAUGGAGGCAUCUGUAGUUUCUUUUUGGGCAUUAGUAUAAUAAGUUUGAUCGAAAUGCUUUACUUUUUUAUUACACGUCGUAUCAAAUCCGAACCACCACCAAUAAUGACAACUAAUUCAGAAAAUAAUGUUAACAUUAAAACAAUUAAUAUCGAGCCUAGAGAAUCGGAGAGAGCGAUCUUGUAUUGGAAAGAAAUAAGUGGAGCAGUUUCUAAGGAUAUCGAUCUAACGCCUCUAUCAUUGAAUCGAUAAAUUUAACAAACAAAUCAAUGUUUAACAUGGAUCAUCAGAAUCAAAGUGAUGUACGAUGGUACAUAGACACAGCGUUUUACUCCAAAGGAAUAUUUACUAAGAGAUCUAAUCUCUUGAGAUUAUAUUUAAGUCAUAGAGAUAACAAACUCGUUGGCUAUAUAUUUACCUGUUCAAUCAUAAAAU